AAUAAAAGAGAAAAGAGAGACUGGUUGAAUUGCUUAUGCAGUAAUGCAUGGGAAGCAAGGUGAUCUAGCAGAGUUGUAAGUAAGGCGAAGGGUGAAGAGUGAAGAGUGAAGAGUGAGAGACAAGAAAAUAAUGAGUGAAGAAGGUCUUCCAAAGCUAUACACCAACAAGCCCCGAAAAGCGCAACUCAAGCAUGUUCGAGGGCAACAGAAAUCCAACGGCUUCUCCUCGCCGACGGCGACGGGCACCCACGGCCCAGCCGCUGCUCCGCCGCCGCCGCCAAAGGAGCCCUUUGUUCGGCGCUACAAAUUCCUUUGGCCUAUGCUUUUGGCUGUGAAUCUCGGUGUCGGAGCUUAUCUGUUUAUGAGGACGAAUAAGAAAGAUACUGGUGAGGAGGAGCAAGAUGCAAGUCCCGUCUCAACUAAAGAUGCUACUGCUCCUGUUGUUGAGACAUCUGUGCCCUCACCACCUAUUACAAAUCCCGUGAUCAAACGAGAAUCAAUUCCAGAAAACCAACAACGUGAACUCUUGAAGUGGAUAUUGGAAGAGAAGAGGAAGGUCAAGGCAAAAGAUGCAGAGGAGAAACAAAAAAUUGAUGAAGAGAAAGCUCUGCUUAAAAAGCUUAUUCGGUCAAAAUCCAUCCCAAGUGUCUAAAGAUGUUCUGCUUAUAUUUAUCAGCAGGGGAGAAAAAAAAAAGUUCUUGAAUUGAUUCAUCCAAUGCUUUUCUUUUCUGUUUACUUGGUUUGUUGAUGAACUUUAGAUGAUACAUUUGUUGAGAUUUGAGAGUUCAGCAUCACUGACAUCCUAAAUUGUCAUUUGCAAAAUUUGGGAUGUGAUUCACUGGUUCUUUUUUGUUCUGACAAUGGUCAAGUUGAUGGCACUUGAUGUAUAAUUCCCAUGUUCAAUAUAUUUACUACUUUUUGUGAAUAAA